CGCCUACAUAAUCAAAUCAUGUCUGAUAUAAUUUGAAAAGAUUGACAUUAAAAUUAAGUCAAAGAAAUUUUACUUUUGUCGAUAUGAUCCAGAACAAUGUACGAUUAUGAAUAGACAUUGAAAUAGUGACUAAUAUGAUUAGAUUUAUUAAAUUAAUGUUAGUUUUAUUACAUGGGUUAUUUACAUCAUCUUCAUAUAAUUUAAAAGGUAUAGCUUUGGAAAAAGCGAGAGAUGAAAACAUUCGAUAUCCUCUUAUACUAAUACAUGGAAUUGGUGGAACACAAGCAUUAUGUAAACCAACUGACAAACAAUCACAUACGAAACCAUUUACACUUUGGGUUAAGUUACUUUAUUUUUUGAUCCCGGAAAAACUAUUCACUUAUAUGGGAUUAAUUUAUGAUCCGAAGACAAAACAAACGAGAGACAGAGAGUUGUGUAAUGUUGAAUUCCCUGGUUGGGGUGAUACUUGGGCUAGUGAAUAUUUAUCUGAAGAAAAAUAUCCAUUAACAAGUUAUAUGAAGUCACUUGUUCAAAGUUUAACAGAGGACAAAUUUUUUGUGCGAAAUAAAACAAUACGUUCUGCACCGUAUGAUUUUCGCAAAGCGCCAAAUGAAAACGCAAAAUAUUUCGUCAAAUUAAAGGAAUUGGUUGAAGAGACCUAUGAAAAUAGUGAAAAAUGUCCAGUUUACUUAUUGGGCCACAGUUUAGGAUCAUUGUACUCAAUGUAUUUUUUAAAACUGCAAGAUAAAAGAUGGAAACAUAAAUAUAUCAAGGGAUUUAUAUCUGUGUCAAGUCCUUUUGGUGGAUCUGUUGAAAGUUUGUAUGCGGAAACCUGUGGUCAUAACUUCGGAAUUCCAUUUCGUUCUCCACUAGCAUUUCGUGACAUUGAAAGAUCAUUUCCCGCAAUGACAUUUCUUCUACCAGAUCCACGUGUGUGGUCAGCAAGUGAGAAGUUCGUUAUAACUCCGAAAAGAAAUUAUUCAGCACAUGAUAUGAAAGCAUUUUUUAAUGAUAUUUCUUUCCCUCAAGGUUAUUUGAUGAUGAAAGAAACCAAAAGUCUAUUUAAUCCAUCUGAAAGGCCUACUGAUAUUGAAGUUUACUGUGUUUAUAGUUUUAAUAUUCCAACAAUAUUACAGAUGAUUUUCAAUAUUCCAGGACCACAUCGUUCUGCCUUUCCCAAUCAGAUACCAAAAUUAAAAUAUGGUGAUGGUGUUGUACCGUUAAAAAGUUUAUCUGUUUGUAAUAAAUGGAAUUAUGUUAAUGUAGUUGUGUUGGAACAAAGUUCACAUGAAGAUAUUGUACAAGAUGAUCGUUUUAUUAAAUAUUUGAAGAAAUUACUUAUUAAUGAUUGACUAAAUAUAUUAAAGUUUGUUUGACAUUAUAUAACAUUUUUCAAUGUGAAUUUUAAUUACUUAACAAUUCAUUUAAAACUCCCUAAUUUAUUUUUUUCAAUUUCGUCUGGCUAAUUUAAACCCCUAUAAUAAAGUAUAAAAAUUUACUAUUGUACAGAAAUUUUGAAAUUCACUUAUAUUGUUGUGGUGUUUGGAUGAACUAAUGAUUCCUUUGUACUUGUUGAAUGCUUGAUUUCAAAUUCUAAAUACAGUACAUUCGUUCGUGCUUAUCUGGUACUUCUUGCGUUAUUUCUGGGAUUCUUAGUUCAUACUAUAAUUCA